AUGGUUAAUUUUACUCAACUAUCACUUAAUAUACCAAUGCUUCUACAUUUCCUUCGUCUCGAUCGUGUUAGUCCAGCAACAGGCACAUAUUGUAAAACGUGGAUGUACAUUGAGUCGACUCUUGAUGCUGCCAAUGAAUUUUUAGUAGCUGUUAUAUCUAUUCAACGACAUACACUCAUUUUUCAACCAAAUCUAUUACAUAUACGUUUCAAACGGUAUCUUCUAUAUUAUUUACCACUUCUGUUCUGCAUUAUUUAUCCAGUUGUUUUUUAUUUGGGUACUAUUAUUUUGUAUUCAUGUGAUGAAGCACAAUGGAACUUUACAUUAAAUGCAUGUGGUGAUACUAUCUGUUAUCUUUCAGAUAAUGAGAUAUUAGCUGGAUAUGAUUGGAUAGUGAAUACUGGA